GGCGCUGUCCAAAACAUUCAUCCUGUCCACGCUUCCCAUCGAUCUUUCCCGAACUAAUACAACGGCUAUACGAGCCACACCAUAUGUCCAUACAAUGUAACUUAUCUCUUUUUUGAAAUAAAAAAUAAAAUCUCUAUCCACGGCUACAUACGGCCUGAACAAUAUCGCCUGGGCUCCGCCUGUAUGGAAGGAUGCGCUGGAACCCCUGUUUGAGCGCUAUAACUCAGCACUCAUCCAAGCAGGAGCCAUCAUCACGGACACUAAAUAGUCAAGGGCACUAAAUAGUAAAUACCCUAGGUUUUCCAAACAUCAAACAAACUUACUUCACUUUUGUGGCCUGCUCCCCACGCGACCAUUCGUGGUGUAGACUACCUCGGAGGUUGCCUGGGACUACAACUCGACUCAAUGGCCAGCACAAACCCACUUACCCCUCUGACGCAACCCGCCUGGGCCCACGACAAACCAUCACUGCGCUUUCUGUACAGUAUCUAUGUCCACCUGAACCGACCAUGUAGUCAUUCUCCGACGCUGUGACGACAUUAGGAAGAACUCAACGAAACGCUGGCCCAACAAGAAGAUUGCGGCAAGGACCCGGCGUCAAUACUACUACCAACUGGUCAUGGACAAACCACCAACCUCAAAUCGGGACAACGCCAGACACGCCUGCUUCAAGCGCUGCUUCGAGCCUACGCCAAUCCGGCUCUGUGCUAAAAUUGUAACAAAAAUGUACAUGUCCACAUUACUUGACUACCGCACCGAUGGCCGACUCUGCCCUGUCUGCCCCGGUGGAUACAAAUUCGCCCCCAGCCACUUUACCUGCAUCCAGCAACUAAUCCGACGCAUCCUAGUAGGCCCAAAACGGUCUCCCAUUGGCCCUGACCUCCUUCAGUAAUUGCGAGAG